AUGUUACUCCUGCUAUCUUAGCCUCAUAACACUCACUGCCCCUGCCCUUCACACACACACCCACACACACACCCACACACACACACAGACAGAGGAGCCAGCAGAGAGGCCUGCAAUGACACUCCAGAGUGGACAGAUACCAUGGAAGUGACUGACAAAUUCACCUUCAACCCAAAGGAGGGAAUUGACAACCCAGCAAUGACUGAAGUGGCUGAGUCAGAGGCUGUUGUAACCCCGACGCCCCGCUUGUGUAUUUUGAAACGGGAGGAGAGCGAGAGCUUCGCCUUCCACCUGCGUGUGGAGAGGGGCCUCCUGGGUCACGUGGUCCGGCAGGUGACCCCGUGGGGGGUGGCCGAGCGGAACGGGGUGAAAGAUGGGGACCGGCUUCUGGAGGUCAACGAGAGCUUCUUGGAUGACGCAAAACAUACUGAGGUGGCAAGGAAGAUCCACAUAAGCGGGACACAGUUGUGUCUCCUGCUGUUGGAUGGAAAGGCGUACGAUCAGGCCGUGGCUCAGGGCUGUGACCUCAAAGCACUGGCCAGAGCCCAGCGAGGAGAGGACUGGGACCCACCCCGUCUCUGCCACAUCGCCAGAGACUCCAGUCAGGGCCUUGGGCUCAGGAUUCUCCCCAUAGAGGGGGAGAAGGGGAAGUUUUCUAUGAGCCCAUCCAGUGGGGGUCCGGCUGAAAAGGCAGGCGUGUGCAAGGGUGACCACCUGAUUUGGCUGGACGGCGCCACCGUGUCUGAACUCUCUCACUCAGCCAUCAGCAAAAUGGUGAAGAAAUGUGAUCAUAUGACAGUCCUGGUGAUUGACAGCAAAAGUGAGCAGACCUACGUGAGUCGCCGGAUGCCCAUUCUCCCCUCGAUGGCCGUCGCUCACAAUCUGCCACACAAGCCCCGAAAGUUGCACCUUGUCCAGGCCCCUGAAGGAUACGGCUUCCUGCUGAGACUGGAGAAAACGCCCUCCAAACACAACAUACAUGUGCUGCGUGAGGUGGACCCUGACAGCCCAGCAGAGCGAGCAGGGAUACAGGAAGGGGAGAUACUGCUGGAGGUCAAUGAGGAACUCAUCACAAAUUUGAAGCACAAUGAUGUCGUCAACAGGAUACGUCAGAGUGGCCAGCAGGUCACACUGACCAUCAUUAGCCUACAAGGACAGGAUUUCUUUACAAGGCUUGGUCUUUCACCAUUACUCUUUUAUGAAGACACAUCUGCUGAGCCGAGUGAAAGUGCUGAACUCCAACAGACUGCUGACCACUGCAGUGACCCUCAGUGUGCCCCAGCAGGUGAGCCUCCCAAGCCCAGGGUCUGUGUCCUCAGUAAGGGUCCCAGCGGCUAUGGCUUCCACUUGGGAUGCGUUCUCCAGAAACCGGGAACCUACAUCAGUCAGGUAGCGGCAGAGGGACCUGGGGGGAAAGCUGGGCUGCUGAAAGGGGAUGUGGUGAUGGAGGUGAAUGGAACAAACGUGGAGGAGGAGUAUCUGGAGGAUGUGAUUGUGCUUAUUAAAGAGGCUGGUGAUUCUCUCUCUCUGCUGGUCGUGGAGCCCCUGGGAUACGAGAAGCUGCUGCAGAGCAGGAAUGUCGUCACAGCCGAACAGACAGCUAAUGGCUCUUAAUUAACAUGCACUAAUUAAGUAUGCACCCUACAGUUAUUAUAUUUUUAACGAGACAGUUGGUUUUAAAAAAUGUGUUCAUACUUUGAGUCAUAAGGUAUGUUUCCUCUGACAUUCUGAACGAAGUCUGCAUAUUCAAAGGACUCGGUAGCCAUAUUUCAUACCUUUCAGAACGGUUUAUGCUAUGUUAAAGUUAAAGAGUCCUUGUUUCAAGACUGCCUGAAUUUGCACAGCACAUAAUUUAGAAAUAAAUUGAAUUUAGAACUAUAGUAUGUAUCACUCCAUAUCAUAGAUGUUGCACAUUUGCAGAUGUUGACCUAUGCACUAGAUUGUUGCCUGCUUCAAGAAAGUUCCAUUGUAAUAUUUCAAAAUACAAAUAGAUUCUAACCUCAUCAGUAUUUUUGAUAAAACACAAUCUCCAGUUGAUUAAAAUACCAAGUGUGUUUUAUUGAUCUGAAAUGUUUCAAAGAUAAUUAUAUCUUUUCAUAUAGCCUACAUGUAUCUGUAUAUUACUACUGCAUUUAAAGUUUCAAUGUUGUUUUAAUUAAAUGUUUAUGUUUAGAAUACCUUCUCCCAAUAAAUAUUAUGUUCUGUU